UAUCAAUGGCUAUAGCUUAUAGGGUUUAGCAAGCAAACUGACACUAAGCAAAGCAAGCACAAGAGAAAAUGCAAAACCACCAUUGACGACUGAGCUGAGCACACUCCUUCUCAGUCAUUUACCCACGUAGCAAUGUUACAAGGCGUCCAUAUAAUCGGUUAUGGACCAUCAGAUGGAAAAUGCCUUCCGUGUUCAGGAAUUUCUGGAAGAGUAGCCCCUGCAUAUCCUUGCUCUUCUCGUUUCAACCAUAGAUUCAAGUCACAGGUGAGGAUUGGAUCACCGAAAGGUGCUUACAAGGGGGUAUCUUUUACGUGCAGAGCAAGUUCUAGUGGACGUAAUAGAAAUCCAGACUUCCCAAGGCAAAACAGACAUGGGUACUCCCGGGGCAGAAAUAGGAAAAAUGACGAUAGAGAUGGAUUUGAAAACCUUGAAGAAUCUGAUCUGCUGUCUUCUAAAAAUGGGCCACUGGUCUCCCUCUCCAGUGGCACGAAGUUCGGGGCUACUGCAGCCCCUGGACCUAGGGAAAAAGAGAUUGUUGAGCUGUUCAGGAAGGUCCAGGCUCAACUUCGGGAGAGAAGUGCAGUUAAAGAAGAAAAGAAGGCUGAAGCCUUGCAAGGGCAAGGAAAAGAGAAUGAAACUGUGGAUUCUCUCCUUAAGCUAUUAAGGAAACACUCGGUUGAGCAAGCUAAAAGAACCAACAGCAGUGGCAGCAACAAGGACUUCAUGUUGGACCAGCCAGAAAAGAAUGCUCGAUAUAGUGAAAGGAAAAGCACAACUUCUUUUGAUUCAAAUAACAGUUUGAAGGAUGAGGUUGAAGAACCUAAUGCCUCUUUUAGCAGGCCUGCAUCGAAUUUUCAACGCAAGUCUCCCAUCCCUCGGUUGACAUACCAGCCCAUUUAUUCAGAGGAUGACCACAUAGGCAAUUCGGUGCCACAUGUGAAUUCAAUUGGGAAGAGAAAGAAGAAUCAUGUUGAGAGAGUUCCUGAGCCAGAGCCAGAACCAAAGCAAGAGCCUGAGCUUGAGUUGGAGUCAGAACUUGAGCAUGAGGCUGUGGUCGAUGCUGAGUUUGAAUUCGAGCCUGAACCCGAGCCCGAGCCAGAGCUUGUUCAGUUGUUAGAGGAAGAGACUUCAGGUCCUGAAGAAACUCUUAAUUUCGAUGAUGAAAACGGUGAGAAACUGCAACUUAUCGAACAUAAGAAUUUGAGUGCAUUGAAGCUACCAGAAUUAAGAGCACUUGCGAAGUCUCAAGGUGUAAAAGGGUUUUCAAAGAUGAAGAAGGGUGAGCUUGUGGAGUUGCUAAGUGGGAGCUCAGUUUGACUCAUAAUGCACGGGAUGCAAACUUUGACAUUUUAACAUAGUUGCGAACUUGCGAGAUUUUUGUUUUGUUUUGUUUUUUCCAGUUUUUGGGGUCUUUUUGGAUCAAAGGCGGGUCUCACUACAAUGGGAUUCAUCAUCUUUUUGUUGUAGAAAAUUUUCGUUUAGAUCAAACGUGGUUAGAUUCGGUUUGCGUGUAGCCUAGCGGAUGCUCUAAAACUGGUGAACUAGUUCAAGUAUCGAAUUGGCAUUGUAUUCUACUCAAACUAUAACUUGUUGGUCUCUUUUGGUCACCAAAAGAAAGUUUAUACUGGAAAA